CCCAGACCGCGAAUGUAAACAAACCUCGAGGCUCGAACAUGUGGGAACGGCAGUGGAAGUAAACAUACAUGUUGAAAAUAGUAAUAUUUUUGUAAAUCAAAGAUGAAGUUUUCUUAUAAGUUUUCCAACCUUCUUGGUACGGUGUACAACCGGGGGGAUAUCGUAUUUUCAAAUGAUGGUAAUACAGUUAUCUGCCCUGUGGGAAAUAAGAUAUCUGUUUAUGACCUGCGCAACAAUAAAUCAUACACAUUGCCUAUAGAAGCCAAGUAUAACUACAAAGCUCUGGCUUUGUCACCCAAUGGUGUGAUCCUGUUAGCCAGUGUAUAUCGAGGUGAGGUGCAUGUCAUCAACCUGAAUUUCCGUAGAGUGUUGUACAAGAAGCACUUCAACAGAACGGUUCGCAGUAUUAAGUUCAGUCCAGAUGGAAAGCACUUUGCUGUGGCCAAAGAAGACACAGUGUAUAUAUACUUGGCCCCGGGUGUUGACAGACGGAUAUUUAACCCAUUUGUCUUGGAGAGAGUCUACCAUGGAGCUUAUGAUCUCACCACCUGCUUGGAUUGGUCCCAUGAUUCAAAGUUGCUUGCUUAUGGGUCAAGAGACAUGACAACACGUGUUUGUUCCUUUGUUAAGAUGAAGAACUUGACUGAGUGUCGCAUUGGUGGUGCCAGGGAAGGAGUUACUGGUGUAUAUUUUGAUGACAAAACAUAUAAUUUGUAUGUUGUGUGCAAGGAUGGCUGCAUCAAUGUGUGGGAUUGCAGCACUGAUGAGAGCGGCCUCAUCCCUGAGUGCGAGAAUCCUUACAAGGUCCGAGAAGGGGGAGGGAAGGCAGGUGAAGAUGAGGAAGAAGAGGAUGACAUUCCUAUUACCCAGGAAGAGAUAGAGGAGGAUGAUGUGAAGGCAGGGAAGGCUCUGAAGAAGGAAGAAGGUCAUGUGUACCAGUGCCAUAACAAACUGCUUGGUCUGUGGGGUAAACCUGCAUAUAUGGCAGCGUGCCGGGACCUUGUGGAGCGGGAUAAAUCACAAGCUGGCAUUAACCCCGGGGGCUUCGCCCCCUUGGGGGUCCUUCCUUGGUCACUCUUGGGGGAGUGGCAGUUUAUACUUGGAGUUUUUCAUUCCUUUUCUCUGAAAAGGUUUGGGAAAGUAAUUUUUAGGGUCAAAAACUUAUGUAUUGUUCUUAUUGCAGGAACUGUACGAGCCUUUGAUCUGAUUAGGUACAGAAACUUCAAGACCUUGACUUCCCCACGUCCAACACAAUUCACCUGCGUCACUGUUGACAGUAGUGGAGAACUUAUAGCUGCAGGAGGCCAGGAUAAACAUGAUAUUUACUUGUGGUCACUCAAGUUAGGGAAGUUGUUAGAGGUUUUAGGUGGCCACACGGGACCAGUUGUUAGUGUGCAGUUCUCCAAGCAACCAGGAAGCACAAUGAUGGUAUCGACAGCCUGGGACGGCACAGUGAAAGUUUGGGAUGCCAUCAAUGAUACAUCAGUCAAGGAGAAUAUCAUGAUGUCAGCUGAUGGACUUUGUGUAGCAUUCCGGCCAGAUGGGAAACAGGUAGCUGUCGCGACGCUUGAUGGACAGAUCACAAUGCUGAAUCCAGCUACUGGCCGUCAAGAAGGGAACAUUGUUGGACAGUCUGACCUUGGUGCUGGGCGGUCAGCAAAAGAUAAAGUCACAGCAAAGAAGAAUCUAGAGUCAAAAGCCUUCACUACAUUGUGCUAUUCUUCGGAUGGAAAAUAUUUGAUUGCUGGAGGACAGAGCAAGCAUGUUUGCAUAUACAGCAUUGAGGAUGAAAUUCUUAUCAAAAAGUUCCAAGUGACAAAGAACAAAAGUUUUGAUGCCAUGAGUGAUAUACUGAAUCGCAAGAGGAUAACCAAGGAUGGAACCAACCUGGCGGAGGUUGAACACCGUGGACACAGACCAGCAGAUGAUAUCAAGUUGGCCGGGGCGCGAAGGGGGGACAUGUCUAAGAGGAACUUCUUGCCAGAGAUUCGAGUCACUUCCUUGACUUUUUCUCCUACAGGUCGCAGCUGGGCAGCUUGUACGAGUGAAGGCCUACUUGUCUAUUCACUUGACACUGACUGGCUCUUCGAUCCUCUUAACCUCGACGUCUCCAACACACCUUCCGCUGUCAAGCAUAAGCUCAAGGAAGAAGAUUAUUCCACAGCACUGAUGAUGGCCUUGAGACUGAACAUUAAUUCCCUCAAGCAAGAGGUCCUGGAGAGCAUCCCAUUAAACUGUGUGACAUUAGUAGUGAAUGACCUGGUGCAGUUGUAUGUUGAGAGCCUCCUGCAGUUUGUGGCUGAGAGUCUGGAAACGACCCCACAUGUUGGUCUCUAUUCCCGCUGGGCCACAGAACUGGUCACGCGCCAUGGCCAGGUCCUCAAGACCCGUGCACCACAGAUCAUGAGCACCCUGAAUGCCUUGCAGAAGUCCCUCUCAACUCACCACAGCAACCUCAGUAAAGUUUGUACACACAAUGAGUACAUGCUGAGUUAUCUACUAGCUCAAGCCUCCCUCAGAAGAAAAAGAAACCUUGCCAUCACACCUGGAGACGAAGGAGAGAGCAAGGUUCCCUACCUCACUUCUGAUGGGGAGAUGGAAGAUGAUGAUGACGAUGAUGGUGAUGACUUAGAGAACAUGUUUCCCGAAGAAAUAGAGCCGUGACUGUAAGAGCACAUAGGAGAUUUAUAGGUAGGAUAUUUUAUAAUGUGAGGGAGUCUCGGCUAAAAGAGUUGAGUUUGUUGAACCUGAUGUUGGUAUCUUAAUAAAAACUGUUAAGUGAU